GUAUUGCGCCGCACCCUCAGUCUCUGUGCUGCGUUCAUGAUCCCAAAAUAACCCAAACACGUUUGCGAAUUUGAACUGCUUUUAAAGUAUUUAUAGUCCCUUUUUUCUUGACGUUUCUUAUCAGAAUAAUUUGGCCAGUGUAACGUAAGCGAUCUAGUGGAAAUCGGCACCUAUCUAACUGGUAAUUCAUUUUUAAACAUGGCCUCUCGUGGAAAAUCGGAGACGGGGAAAUUGAAGCAAAACAUGGAGGAGCAGCUUGACAGACUGAUGCAGCAGCUUCAGGACCUGGACGAGUGCAGGGAUGAUCUGGACGAUGAAGAAUAUGAAGAGACAAAGAAGGAAACGCUGGAGCAGUUGAGCGAGUUCAAUGACUCCCUGAAGAAGAUCAUGACAGGAGACAUGACUCUGGUGGAUGAGCUCGGCGGGAUGCAGCUGGCAAUCCAGGCUGCCAUCAGUCAAGCGUUUAAAACCCCAGAAGUCAUCCGACUCUUUGCCAAGAAGCAACCGGGUCAGCUGAGGACCAGACUAAGUGAGAUGGACAGAGACGUGAUCGUUGGGAAGCUGUCACGUGACGAUCACACGCAACAGAAACUAGAAAUCCUCACAGCUCUGCGAAAACUGGGAGAGAAGCUCACAGCCGAUGACGAAGCUUUCCUAGCAGAAAAUGCGACAGCAACACUCAGUCAGUUUGAGAAAGUGACUGCCGGAUCGGAGGCUAAAAUAAUGGCUCUGGCCUGUUCUGGAGUGAAGACAGAGGCGUAGUGAGUUUUUCAAGGAACAAUGGUGCCAAACGAAGAAAAGUUUGUAAAUAAUAGGCACAAGUGUCUUAGCUUUUCCACAUGUUUUUAUCUUUUAAUUGUUUGAAUGUGUGUUUUAUAAAGAAAACUAUUUUUAUUCUUUUUUUUUUUUCAGCUUCGAUGCAGUUGUUACUGCACAUUCUUAGCUGUUCUGAAAACUCAAUCAAGUCUCAUUGAAAGUGUUAUUUUUCCGUCUGUUUGUGAUGUUUGAUGUGAAAACAAAGUGUGCGACUUUAUAUCCUGUGAAUUCACUAAACCUGAACUGUGAUCAGCA